CCACUAUAAAAAGCCUAGAAUCCCAAACAGCUGGCACACUGCAAGCUACUUUGUUCUACAUUCUACUUGUUCCUUUGUGAACUGGGUUCUCAUAAGCUUAGAAAAAGAUGUCUCAUCUCCUGAGCAGUAUACUUAGCAUUAUUGAAGUUUACUACAAGUACACCUCCCAGGACCAAGAUUGUAACACACUGUGCAAAAGAGAGCUGAAGAAACUUCUGGAAAAUGAGUUUCGGCCAAUUUUGAAGAAUCCAGAUGAUCCUGACACAGUGGAAAUAUUCAUGCAGAUGCUUGAUCGGGACCAUGACAAGAAAGUGGACUUUAUUGAGUUUCUUCUAAUGAUAUUCAAACUGACUAUGGCCUGCAACCAAUCCAUUGGAAAAGAGUACUGCCAAGCUUCAGGGUCACAGAAACAGCAUCCUCAUCAUCAUCGCCAAGAACAGAGCAAAACCAAAGAAGAGGAAGAGGAAGAAGAGACUGAUUCUAGUAAUUCAAGUUGGAGUGCAGGAGAGGAACCCAGGUCCCACACUGGAAGAUCAAAGAAAAUUAGGCAUAGGUCCAAGUCCAAUUCUCGAGGACAUGGAAAGCUAGAUCGCUCAUCAAGCUCAGGAUACAAGGACAUCUUUGGAAGAAAACAACAUGAGUCAAAACCAAGACAUUCAAAGAGAAGUGAGAAUAUGGAAAAUAGAUCCAGCUCAAGUGAUCUGGAGAAAAUGAGACCCAAGUCAAGUAUUAGCCCCUCCAGGAUAUAUGGAGGAGAAAAACAUGAAUUUUCCUCUGAUUGGUCAGGGAGUAGUGGAAGAAAAAUCCGUGUAUAUAGUUCAGAAGGCUUGUCCUAUGGGAUAAAAAGCAUGGGAUAUGGAUCUAACUCCACACAGUCAAAAGAAUGUGGGGAACAAAGACAAAGAUGCAAGUCUCCCCAAACAAGAAACUGUAGAAGAGAUCAUCAUGAACAUGCCUGUGCUCAGUCAGAUAAAUGUGGAAAACAGAGAAAAAGAUCUAGCUCUUGUCAGUCUGAUGAAUCUUGCAGAGAACAGGCAUACAGCAAAAUGUGUUCAGAGAACUAUGAAGGAAAUGUAACAAAUUCAUGUUGUCAGUCACAAAAUAGCAGAGGAAAAGGACAUUGGUCUUGCUCAAGUCAGUCCGCAAGCUAUGGACAAGGAUCAGACUCAGGAGAGUGCUCAAUCUCUGGACAAUCUAGAUCAGAUCAAUGUCAGUGCCCAAACUCUGGACAACAAAGAUCAGCUAGCUCAAGAGGAAGGGAUGUACCAAGCAGGAGACAGCAGCAAGACUCUUCACGACAGUCAGGUUCGAGUCAGAGACAAUCCAGUGACCGCAGGUCAACCAGCAGAAGAAGAUCCAGUAGGAGUCAACAAGAUGACAUUUCAAGACAGUCAGGCUCUGGUCAAAGAGAGUCCAGUGAUUCUAGGUCAAGGGGCAGAGGAGAAUCUAGUAGGAGACAACAACAAGAUGCUCCCAGAGGGUCAGGUACCAGUGAUAGACAGGCCAGAGAUGCAAGUUCAAGAGGAAGGGAUAUAACAAGCAGGAGACAGCAACAAGAUUCGUCUAGACGGUCAGGAUCUGGUCAAAGACAGUCCAGUGACUCUAGAAGAAGUAGGACUCGGGAAUCGAGCAGCAGGCAGCAACCAGAAUCUUCUACACAUUCAACUUCUGGUCAGAGACAAUCCAGUGAUUCCAGAUCGCGGAGCAGAGGAGGAUCUCAUAGGAGACAACAAAAUGACUCUUCCAGACAGUCAGGGUCUGGUCAAAGAGAGACCAGGGAUGCUAGCUCAAGAGGAAGGGGUGUACCAAGCAGGAGACAGCAGCAAGACUCUUCACGACAGUCAGGUUCGAGUCAGAGACAAUCCAGUGACCGCAGGUCAACCAGCAGAAGAAGAUCCAGUAGGAGUCAACAAGAUGACAUUUCAAGACAGUCAGGCUCUGGUCAAAGAGAGUCCAGUGAUUCUAGGUCAAGGGGCAGAGGAGAAUCUAGUAGGAGACAACAACAAGAUGCUCCCAGAGGGUCAAGUACCAGUGAUAGACAGGCCAGAGAUGCAAGUUCAAGGGGAAGGGAUACAACAAGCAGGAGAGAGCAACAAGAUUCGUCUAGACGGUCAGGAUCUGGUCAAAGACAGUCCAGUGAUUCUAGAAGAAGUAGUAUUCAGGGAUCCAGCAGCAGGCAGCAACCAGAAUCUUCUACACAUUCAACUUUUGGUCAGAGACAGUCCAGUGAUUCCAGAUCCAGGAGCAGGGGAGGAUCCCGUAGGAGACAACAACAUGACUCUUCCAGACAGUCAGGUUCUGGUCAAAGAGAGACUAGUGACUCUAGGUCAAGGGACAGGGCAGAAUCUGGAAGGAUACAAGAACAGGACUCUUGCAGUCAGUCUGGUUAUGGUCAGAGACAGUCCAGCGACUCCAGGUCUAGGGGCAGAGGAGAAGCUGAUAGGAGACAACAACCUGACUCUUCCAGACAGUCAGUUUCUAGUCAAAGACAGACCACGGAUGCUAGCUCAAGAGGAAGGGAUGUACCAAGAAGGAGACAGCAGCAAGACUCUUCACGACAGUCAGGUUCGAGUCAGAGACAAUCCAGUGACCGCAGGUCAACCAGCAGAAGAAGAUCCAGUAGGAGUCAACAAGAUGACAUUUCAAGACAGUCAGGCUCUGGUCAAAGAGAGUCCAGUGAUUCUAGGUCAAGGGGCAGAGGAGAAUCUAGUAGGAGACAACAACAAGAUGCUCCCAGAGGGUCAGGUACCAGUGAUAGACAGGCCAGAGAUGCAAGUUCAAGAGGAAGGGAUAUAACAAGCAGGAGACAGCAACAAGAUUCGUCUAGACGGUCAGGAUCUGGUCAAAGACAGUCCAGUGACUCUAGAAGAAGUAGGACUCAGGGAUCGAGCAGCAGGCAGCAACCAGAAUCUUCUACACAUUCAACUUCUGGUCAGAGACAGUCCAGUGAUUCCAGAUCGAGGAGCAGAGGAGGAUCUCGUAGGAGACAACAAAAUGACUCUUCCAGACAGUCAGGGUCUGAUCAAAGAGAGACCAGGGAUGCUAGCUCAAGAGGAAGGGGUGUACCAAGCAGGAGACAGCAGCAAGACUCUUCACGACAGUCAGGUUCGAGUCAGAGACAAUCCAGUGACCGCAGGUCAACCAGCAGAAGAAGAUCCAGUAGGAGUCAACAAGAUGACAUUUCAAGACAGUCAGGCUCUGGUCAAAGAGAGUCCAGUGAUUCUAGGUCAAGGGGCAGAGGAGAAUCUAGUAGGAGACAACAACAAGAUGCUCCCAGAGGGUCAAGUACCAGUGAUAGACAGGCCAGAGAUGCAAGUUCAAGGGGAAGGGAUACAACAAGCAGGAGAGAGCAACAAGAUUCGUCUAGACGGUCAGGAUCUGGUCAAAGACAGUCCAGUGAUUCUAGAAGAAGUAGUAUUCAGGGAUCCAGCAGCAGGCAGCAACCAGAAUCUUCUACACAUUCAACUUUUGGUCAGAGACAGUCCAGUGAUUCCAGAUACAGGAGCAGGGGAGGAUCCCGUAGGAGACAACAACAUGACUCUUCCAGACAGUCAGGUUCUGGUCAAAGAGAGACUAGUGACUCUAGGUCAAGGGACAGGGCAGAAUCUGGAAGGAUACAAGAACAGGACUCUUGCAGUCAGUCUGGUUAUGGUCAGAGACAGUCCAGCGACUCCAGGUCUAGGGGCAGAGGAGAAGCUGAUAGGAGACAACAACCUGACUCUUCCAGACAGUCAGGUUCUAGUCAAAGACAGACCAGGGAUGCUAGCUCAAGAGGAAGGGAUGUACCAAGCAGGAGACAGCAGCAAGACUCUUCACGACAGUCAGGUUCGAGUCAGAGACAAUCCAGUGACCGCAGGUCAACCAGCAGAAGAAGAUCCAGUAGGAGUCAACAAGAUGACAUUUCAAGACAGUCAGGCUCUGGUCAAAGAGAGUCCAGUGAUUCUAGGUCAAGGGGCAGAGGAGAAUCUAGUAGGAGACAACAACAAGAUGCUCCCAGAGGGUCAAGUACCAGUGAUAGACAGGCCAGAGAUGCAAGUUCAAGGGGAAGGGAUAUAACAAGCAGGAGACAGCAACAAGAUUCGUCUAGACGGUCAGGAUCUGGUCAAAGACAGUCCAGUGAUUCUAGAAGAAGUAGGACUCAGGGAUCGAGCAGCAGGCAGCAACCAGAAUCUUCUACACAUUCAACUUCUGGUCAGAGACAGUCCAGUGAUUCCAGAUCGAGGAGCAGAGGAGGAUCUCGUAGGAGACAACAAAAUGACUCUUCCAGACAGUCAGGGUCUGAUCAAAGAGAGACCAGGGAUGCUAGCUCAAGAGGAAGGGGUGUACCAAGCAGGAGACAGCAGCAAGACUCUUCACGACAGUCAGGUUCGAGUCAGAGACAAUCCAGUGACCGCAGGUCAACCAGCAGAAGAAGAUCCAGUAGGAGUCAACAAGAUGACAUUUCAAGACAGUCAGGCUCUGGUCAAAGAGAGUCCAGUGAUUCUAGGUCAAGGGGCAGAGGAGAAUCUAGUAGGAGACAACAACAAGAUGCUCCCAGAGGGUCAAGUACCAGUGAUAGACAGGCCAGAGAUGCAAGUUCAAGGGGAAGGGAUACAACAAGCAGGAGAGAGCAACAAGAUUCGUCUAGACGGUCAGGAUCUGGUCAAAGACAGUCCAGUGAUUCUAGAAGAAGUAGUAUUCAGGGAUCCAGCAGCAGGCAGCAACCAGAAUCUUCUACACAUUCAACUUUUGGUCAGAGACAGUCCAGUGAUUCCAGAUCCAGGAGCAGGGGAGGAUCCCGUAGGAGACAACAACAUGACUCUUCCAGACAGUCAGGUUCUGGUCAAAGAGAGACUAGUGACUCUAGGUCAAGGGACAGGGCAGAAUCUGGAAGGAUACAAGAACAGGACUCUUGCAGUCAGUCUGGUUAUGGUCAGAGACAGUCCAGCGACUCCAGGUCUAGGGGCAGAGGAGAAGCUGAUAGGAGACAACAACCUGACUCUUCCAGACAGUCAGGUUCUAGUCAAAGACAGACCAGGGAUGCUAGCUCAAGAGGAAGGGAUGUACCAAGCAGGAGACAGCAGCAAGAUUCUUCACGACAGUCAGGUUCGAGUCAGAGACAAUCCAGUGACCGCAGGUCAACCAGCAGAAGAAGAUCCAGUAGGAGUCAACAAGAUGACAUUUCAAGACAGUCAGGCUCUGGUCAAAGAGAGUCCAGUGAUUCUAGGUCAAGGGGCAGAGGAGAAUCUAGUAGGAGACAACAACAAGAUGCUCCCAGAGGGUCAAGUACCAGUGAUAGACAGGCCAGAGAUGCAAGUUCAAGGGGAAGGGAUAUAACAAGCAGGAGACAGCAACAAGAUUCGUCUAGACGGUCAGGAUCUGGUCAAAGACAGUCCAGUGACUCUAGAAGAAGUAGGACUCAGGGAUCGAGCAGCAGGCAGCAACCAGAAUCUUCUACACAUUCAACUUCUGGUCAGAGACAGUCCAGUGAUUCCAGAUCACGGAGCAGAGGAGGAUCUCGUAGGAGACAACAAAAUGACUCUUCCAGACAGUCAGGGUCUGGUGAAAGAGAGACCAGGGAUGCUAGCUCAAGAGGAAGGGGUGUACCAAGCAGGAGACAGCAGCAAGACUCUUCACGACAGUCAGGUUCGAGUCAGAGACAAUCCAGUGACCGCAGGUCAACCAGCAGAAGAAGAUCCAGUAGGAGUCAACAAGAUGACACUUCAAGGCAGUCAGGCUCUGGUCAAAGAGAGUCCAGUGAUUCUAGGUCAAGGGGCAGAGGAGAAUCUAGUAGGAGACAACAACAAGACGCUCCCAGAGGGUCAAGUACCAGUGAUAGACAGGCCAGAGAUGCAAGUUCAAGGGGAAGGGAUAUAACAAGCAGGAGAGAGCAACAAGAUUCGUCUAGAUGGUCAGGAUCUGGUCAAAGACAGUCCAGUGAUUCUAGAAGAAGUAGGACUCAGGGAUCGAGCAGCAGGCAGCAACCAGAAUCUUCUACACAUUCAACUUCUGGUCAGAGACAGUCCAGUGAUUCCAGAUCGAGGAGCAGAGGAGGAUCUCGUAGGAGACAACAAAAUGACUCUUCCAGACAGUCAGGGUCUGGUGAAAGAGAGACCAGGGAUGCUAGCUCAAGAGGAAGGGGUGUACCAAGCAGGAGACAGCAGCAAGACUCUUCACGACAGUCAGGUUCGAGUCAGAGACAAUCCAGUGACCGCAGGUCAACCAGCAGAAGAAGAUCCAGUAGGAGUCAACAAGAUGACAUUUCAAGACAGUCAGGCUCUGGUCAAAGAGAGUCCAGUGAUUCUAGGUCAAGGGGCAGAGGAGAAUCUAGUAGGAGACAACAACAAGAUGCUCCCAGAGGGUCAAGUACCAGUGAUAGACAGGCCAGAGAUGCAAGUUCAAGGGGAAGGGAUACAACAAGCAGGAGAGAGCAACAAGAUUCGUCUAGACGGUCAGGAUCUGGUCAAAGACAGUCCAGUGAUUCUAGAAGAAGUAGUAUUCAGGGAUCCAGCAGCAGGCAGCAACCAGAAUCUUCUACACAUUCAACUUUUGGUCAGAGACAGUCCAGUGAUUCCAGAUCCAGGAGCAGGGGAGGAUCCCGUAGGAGACAACAACAUGACUCUUCCAGACAGUCAGGUUCUGGUCAAAGAGAGACUAGUGACUCUAGGUCAAGGGACAGGGCAGAAUCUGGAAGGAUACAAGAACAGGACUCUUGCAGUCAGUCUGGUUAUGGUCAGAGACAGUCCAGCGACUCCAGGUCUAGGGGCAGAGGAGAAGCUGAUAGGAGACAACAACCUGACUCUUCCAGACAGUCAGGUUCUAGUCAAAGACAGACCAGGGAUGCUAGCUCAAGAGGAAGGGAUGUACCAAGCAGGAGACAGCAGCAAGACUCUUCACGACAGUCAGGUUCGAGUCAGAGACAAUCCAGUGACCGCAGGUCAACCAGCAGAAGAAGAUCCAGUAGGAGUCAACAAGAUGACAUUUCAAGACAGUCAGGCUCUGGUCAAAGAGAGUCCAGUGAUUCUAGGUCAAGGGGCAGAGGAGAAUCUAGUAGGAGACAACAACAAGAUGCUCCCAGAGGGUCAAGUACCAGUGAUAGACAGGCCAGAGAUGCAAGUUCAAGGGGAAGGGAUAUAACAAGCAGGAGACAGCAACAAGAUUCGUCUAGACGGUCAGGAUCUGGUCAAAGACAGUCCAGUGACUCUAGAAGAAGUAGGACUCAGGGAUCGAGCAGCAGGCAGCAACCAGAAUCUUCUACACAUUCAACUUCUGGUCAGAGACAGUCCAGUGAUUCCAGAUCGAGGAGCAGAGGAGGAUCUCGUAGGAGACAACAAAAUGACUCUUCCAGACAGUCAGGGUCUGAUCAAAGAGAGACCAGGGAUGCUAGCUCAAGAGGAAGGGGUGUACCAAGCAGGAGACAGCAGCAAGACUCUUCACGACAGUCAGGUUCGAGUCAGAGACAAUCCAGUGACCGCAGGUCAACCAGCAGAAGAAGAUCCAGUAGGAGUCAACAAGAUGACAUUUCAAGACAGUCAGGCUCUGGUCAAAGAGAGUCCAGUGAUUCUAGGUCAAGGGGCAGAGGAGAAUCUAGUAGGAGACAACAACAAGAUGCUCCCAGAGGGUCAAGUACCAGUGAUAGACAGGCCAGAGAUGCAAGUUCAAGGGGAAGGGAUACAACAAGCAGGAGAGAGCAACAAGAUUCGUCUAGACGGUCAGGAUCUGGUCAAAGACAGUCCAGUGAUUCUAGAAGAAGUAGUAUUCAGGGAUCCAGCAGCAGGCAGCAACCAGAAUCUUCUACACAUUCAACUUUUGGUCAGAGACAGUCCAGUGAUUCCAGAUCCAGGAGCAGGGGAGGAUCCCGUAGGAGACAACAACAUGACUCUUCCAGACAGUCAGGUUCUGGUCAAAGAGAGACUAGUGACUCUAGGUCAAGGGACAGGGCAGAAUCUGGAAGGAUACAAGAACAGGACUCUUGCAGUCAGUCUGGUUAUGGUCAGAGACAGUCCAGCGACUCCAGGUCUAGGGGCAGAGGAGAAGCUGAUAGGAGACAACAACCUGACUCUUCCAGACAGUCAGGUUCUAGUCAAAGACAGACCAGGGAUGCUAGCUCAAGAGGAAGGGAUGUACCAAGCAGGAGACAGCAGCAAGACUCUUCACGACAGUCAGGUUCGAGUCAGAGACAAUCCAGUGACCGCAGGUCAACCAGCAGAAGAAGAUCCAGUAGGAGUCAACAAGAUGACAUUUCAAGACAGUCAGGCUCUGGUCAAAGAGAGUCCAGUGAUUCUAGGUCAAGGGGCAGAGGAGAAUCUAGUAGGAGACAACAACAAGAUGCUCCCAGAGGGUCAAGUACCAGUGAUAGACAGGCCAGAGAUGCAAGUUCAAGGGGAAGGGAUAUAACAAGCAGGAGACAGCAACAAGAUUCGUCUAGACGGUCAGGAUCUGGUCAAAGACAGUCCAGUGACUCUAGAAGAAGUAGGACUCAGGGAUCGAGCAGCAGGCAGCAACCAGAAUCUUCUACACAUUCAACUUCUGGUCAGAGACAGUCCAGUGAUUCCAGAUCGCGGAGCAGAGGAGGAUCUCGUAGGAGACAACAAAAUGACUCUUCCAGACAGUCAGGGUCUGGUGAAAGAGAGACCAGGGAUGCUAGCUCAAGAGGAAGGGGUGUACCAAGCAGGAGACAGCAGCAAGACUCUUCACGACAGUCAGGUUCGAGUCAGAGACAAUCCAGUGACCGCAGGUCAACCAGCAGAAGAAGAUCCAGUAGGAGUCAACAAGAUGACAUUUCAAGACAGUCAGGCUCUGGUCAAAGAGAGUCCAGUGAUUCUAGGUCAAGGGGCAGAGGAGAAUCUAGUAGGAGACAACAACAAGAUGCUCCCAGAGGGUCAAGUACCAGUGAUAGACAGGCCAGAGAUGCAAGUUCAAGGGGAAGGGAUACAACAAGCAGGAGAGAGCAACAAGAUUCGUCUAGACGGUCAGGAUCUGGUCAAAGACAGUCCAGUGAUUCUAGAAGAAGUAGUAUUCAGGGAUCCAGCAGCAGGCAGCAACCAGAAUCUUCUACACAUUCAACUUUUGGUCAGAGACAGUCCAGUGAUUCCAGAUCCAGGAGCAGGGGAGGAUCCCGUAGGAGACAACAACAUGACUCUUCCAGACAGUCAGGUUCUGGUCAAAGAGAGACUAGUGACUCUAGGUCAAGGGACAGGGCAGAAUCUGGAAGGAUACAAGAACAGGACUCUUGCAGUCAGUCUGGUUAUGGUCAGAGACAGUCCAGCGACUCCAGGUCUAGGGGCAGAGGAGAAGCUGAUAGGAGACAACAACCUGACUCUUCCAGACAGUCAGGUUCUAGUCAAAGACAGACCAGGGAUGCUAGCUCAAGAGGAAGGGAUGUACCAAGCAGGAGACAGCAGCAAGACUCUUCACGACAGUCAGGUUCGAGUCAGAGACAAUCCAGUGACCGCAGGUCAACCAGCAGAAGAAGAUCCAGUAGGAGUCAACAAGAUGACAUUUCAAGACAGUCAGGCUCUGGUCAAAGAGAGUCCAGUGAUUCUAGGUCAAGGGGCAGAGGAGAAUCUAGUAGGAGACAACAACAAGAUGCUCCCAGAGGGUCAAGUACCAGUGAUAGACAGGCCAGAGAUGCAAGUUCAAGGGGAAGGGAUAUAACAAGCAGGAGACAGCAACAAGAUUCGUCUAGACGGUCAGGAUCUGGUCAAAGACAGUCCAGUGACUCUAGAAGAAGUAGGACUCAGGGAUCGAGCAGCAGGCAGCAACCAGAAUCUUCUACACAUUCAACUUCUGGUCAGAGACAGUCCAGUGAUUCCAGAUCGAGGAGCAGAGGAGGAUCUCGUAGGAGACAACAAAAUGACUCUUCCAGACAGUCAGGGUCUGAUCAAAGAGAGACCAGGGAUGCUAGCUCAAGAGGAAGGGGUGUACCAAGCAGGAGACAGCAGCAAGACUCUUCACGACAGUCAGGUUCGAGUCAGAGACAAUCCAGUGACCGCAGGUCAACCAGCAGAAGAAGAUCCAGUAGGAGUCAACAAGAUGACAUUUCAAGACAGUCAGGCUCUGGUCAAAGAGAGUCCAGUGAUUCUAGGUCAAGGGGCAGAGGAGAAUCUAGUAGGAGACAACAACAAGAUGCUCCCAGAGGGUCAAGUACCAGUGAUAGACAGGCCAGAGAUGCAAGUUCAAGGGGAAGGGAUACAACAAGCAGGAGAGAGCAACAAGAUUCGUCUAGACGGUCAGGAUCUGGUCAAAGACAGUCCAGUGAUUCUAGAAGAAGUAGUAUUCAGGGAUCCAGCAGCAGGCAGCAACCAGAAUCUUCUACACAUUCAACUUUUGGUCAGAGACAGUCCAGUGAUUCCAGAUCCAGGAGCAGGGGAGGAUCCCGUAGGAGACAACAACAUGACUCUUCCAGACAGUCAGGUUCUGGUCAAAGAGAGACUAGUGACUCUAGGUCAAGGGACAGGGCAGAAUCUGGAAGGAUACAAGAACAGGACUCUUGCAGUCAGUCUGGUUAUGGUCAGAGACAGUCCAGCGACUCCAGGUCUAGGGGCAGAGGAGAAGCUGAUAGGAGACAACAACCUGACUCUUCCAGACAGUCAGGUUCUAGUCAAAGACAGACCAGGGAUGCUAGCUCAAGAGGAAGGGAUGUACCAAGCAGGAGACAGCAGCAAGACUCUUCACGACAGUCAGGUUCGAGUCAGAGACAAUCCAGUGACCGCAGGUCAACCAGCAGAAGAAGAUCCAGUAGGAGUCAACAAGAUGACAUUUCAAGACAGUCAGGCUCUGGUCAAAGAGAGUCCAGUGAUUCUAGGUCAAGGGGCAGAGGAGAAUCUAGUAGGAGACAACAACAAGAUGCUCCCAGAGGGUCAAGUACCAGUGAUAGACAGGCCAGAGAUGCAAGUUCAAGGGGAAGGGAUAUAACAAGCAGGAGACAGCAACAAGAUUCGUCUAGACGGUCAGGAUCUGGUCAAAGACAGUCCAGUGACUCUAGAAGAAGUAGGACUCAGGGAUCGAGCAGCAGGCAGCAACCAGAAUCUUCUACACAUUCAACUUCUGGUCAGAGACAGUCCAGUGAUUCCAGAUCGCGGAGCAGAGGAGGAUCUCGUAGGAGACAACAAAAUGACUCUUCCAGACAGUCAGGGUCUGGUGAAAGAGAGACCAGGGAUGCUAGCUCAAGAGGAAGGGGUGUACCAAGCAGGAGACAGCAGCAAGACUCUUCACGACAGUCAGGUUCGAGUCAGAGACAAUCCAGUGACCGCAGGUCAACCAGCAGAAGAAGAUCCAGUAGGAGUCAACAAGAUGACACUUCAAGGCAGUCAGGCUCUGGUCAAAGAGAGUCCAGUGAUUCUAGGUCAAGGGGCAGAGGAGAAUCUAGUAGGAGACAACAACAAGACGCUCCCAGAGGGUCAAGUACCAGUGAUAGACAGGCCAGAGAUGCAAGUUCAAGGGGAAGGGAUAUAACAAGCAGGAGAGAGCAACAAGAUUCGUCUAGAUGGUCAGGAUCUGGUCAAAGACAGUCCAGUGAUUCUAGAAGAAGUAGUAUUCAGGGAUCCAGCAGCAGGCAGCAACCAGAAUCUUCUACACAUUCAACUUUUGGUCAGAGACAGUCCAGUGAUUCCAGAUCCAGGAGCAGGGGAGGAUCCCGUAGGAGACAACAACAUGACUCUUCCAGACAGUCAGGUUCUGGUCAAAGAGAGACUAGUGACUCUAGGUCAAGGGACAGGGCAGAAUCUGGAAGGAUACAAGAACAGGACUCUUGCAGUCAGUCUGGUUAUGGUCAGAGACAGUCCAGCGACUCCAGGUCUAGGGGCAGAGGAGAAGCUGGUAGGAGACAACAACCUGACUCUUCCAGACAGUCAGGUUCUAGUCAAAGACAGACCAGGGAUGCUAGCUCAAGAGGAAGGGAUGUACCAAGCAGGAGACAGCAGCAAGACUCUUCACGACAGUCAGGUUCGAGUCAGAGACAAUCCAGUGACCGCAGGUCAACCAGCAGAAGAAGAUCCAGUAGGAGUCAACAAGAUGACAUUUCAAGACAGUCAGGCUCUGGUCAAAGAGAGUCCAGUGAUUCUAGGUCAAGGGGCAGAGGAGAAUCUAGUAGGAGACAACAACAAGAUGCUCCCAGAGGGUCAAGUACCAGUGAUAGACAGGCCAGAGAUGCAAGUUCAAGGGGAAGGGAUAUAACAAGCAGGAGACAGCAACAAGAUUCGUCUAGACGGUCAGGAUCUGGUCAAAGACAGUCCAGUGACUCUAGAAGAAGUAGGACUCAGGGAUCGAGCAGCAGGCAGCAACCAGAAUCUUCUACACAUUCAACUUCUGGUCAGAGACAGUCCAGUGAUUCCAGAUCGCGGAGCAGAGGAGGAUCUCGUAGGAGACAACAAAAUGACUCUUCCAGACAGUCAGGGUCUGGUGAAAGAGAGACCAGGGAUGCUAGCUCAAGAGGAAGGGGUGUACCAAGCAGGAGACAGCAGCAAGACUCUUCACGACAGUCAGGUUCGAGUCAGAGACAAUCCAGUGACCGCAGGUCAACCAGCAGAAGAAGAUCCAGUAGGAGUCAACAAGAUGACACUUCAAGGCAGUCAGGCUCUGGUCAAAGAGAGUCCAGUGAUUCUAGGUCAAGGGGCAGAGGAGAAUCUAGUAGGAGACAACAACAAGACGCUCCCAGAGGGUCAAGUACCAGUGAUAGACAGGCCAGAGAUGCAAGUUCAAGGGGAAGGGAUAUAACAAGCAGGAGAGAGCAACAAGAUUCGUCUAGAUGGUCAGGAUCUGGUCAAAGACAGUCCAGUGAUUCUAGAAGAAGUAGUAUUCAGGGAUCCAGCAGCAGGCAGCAACCAGAAUCUUCUACACAUUCAACUUUUGGUCAGAGACAGUCCAGUGAUUCCAGAUCCAGGAGCAGGGGAGGAUCCCGUAGGAGACAACAACAUGACUCUUCCAGACAGUCAGGUUCUGGUCAAAGAGAGACUAGUGACUCUAGGUCAAGGGACAGGGCAGAAUCUGGAAGGAUACAAGAACAGGACUCUUGCAGUCAGUCUGGUUAUGGUCAGAGACAGUCCAGCGACUCCAGGUCUAGGGGCAGAGGAGAAGCUGGUAGGAGACAACAACCUGACUCUUCCAGACAGUCAGGUUCUAGUCAAAGACAGACCAGGGAUGCUAGCUCAAGAGGAAGGGAUGUACCAAGCAGGAGACAGCAGCAAGACUCUUCACGACAGUCAGGUUCGAGUCAGAGACAAUCCAGUGACCGCAGGUCAACCAGCAGAAGAAGAUCCAGUAGGAGUCAACAAGAUGACAUUUCAAGACAGUCAGGCUCUGGUCAAAGAGAGUCCAGUGAUUCUAGGUCAAGGGGCAGAGGAGAAUCUAGUAGGAGACAACAACAAGAUGCUCCCAGAGGGUCAAGUACCAGUGAUAGACAGGCCAGAGAUGCAAGUUCAAGGGGAAGGGAUAUAACAAGCAGGAGACAGCAACAAGAUUCGUCUAGACGGUCAGGAUCUGGUCAAAGACAGUCCAGUGAUUCUAGAAGAAGUAGUAUUCAGGGAUCCAGCAGCAGGCAGCAACCAGAAUCUUCUACACAUUCAACUUUUGGUCAGAGACAGUCCAGUGAUUCCAGAUCCAGGAGCAGGGGAGGAUCCCGUAGGAGACAACAACAUGACUCUUCCAGACAGUCAGGUUCUGGUCAAAGAGAGACUAGUGACUCUAGGUCAAGGGACAGGGCAGAAUCUGGAAGGAUACAAGAACAGGACUCUUGCAGUCAGUCUGGUUAUGGUCAGAGACAGUCCAGCGACUCCCGGUCUAGGGGCAAAGGAGAAGCUGGUAGAAGACAAGAAUAUGAAUCUUUUAGGCAGUCAGACUGUGAUUCAAGAGAAUCCAUUGGCUUUAUUUCAUUGGGAAUAGAGACAUCUGGCCAUGGAGAGAACCAAUACUCUUCUGGACACUCAGGAUAUCCUAUUGGUCAAUCUAAUCACCUCAUAAGAAGUUCCCAGGCCAGUGACAGCCCUGGAGCCUUUGUUGCUCCUCACAGACAUCCAGUAGGUAGGGCACAACAAAAGCAAGAAUCAGGUAGGCAUUGGGUCCAUGGUAGCUAUGGCAGUGCUGAGUAUAAUUAUGGACAGACUGGUUUUAGGCACUCUGGGUUCUCUAGGACCAGUAUUCACAAUUCUAGCUCUAUGGGGUCUGAACAUGUCAGUCUCAGUCACCUCUCUCUUCUUGGACAUUCAUGUUUAAGGAAUGAUUAUUCUGAUUCUGACAUGAGUACAGGAUUUCAGGAGGUCUUUGAUGAAAGCAUUGAACAAUCAGGUGAAAUUAGUCCUUACUCUGGGCUCAGCACCCCUGAGAUGUCAAGAGAUAGAUUUUCCAGAAUUCUAGGAAGUCAAGAAUCAAGUCAUCAACAGGCAGAAGAAGUCCCUUCUCAGGUUAAAAAUGAGUCAAAAUCCAAUAAUAAACAGUCAGGAAAAAAAAGAAAUACCCCAACGAAGUCAACUUGCUCUCAGUCUAGGUCCAGAAAGAAUGGAAUACAUGGACCUAUUUGUGACCAAUCAAGUGAUAGGAAUAGCCAGUCUGGAUCCAGCCAUCAGAUCACUUAUGAGCAUACAUACAAUAAAAACAAAUCCAAUUCUAACCAAUCUUUUGACAGCUUUGAUCAGCCAGGAACAAGAGAGCCUCGGCAUAAUAAUCCAUCAAGUACUGGAAGGAAGAGGUCAGUCUCCAGCUCCAGUGUGCCAGGGGAUAGUGGGAAUUGCAAGCAAGAUAUUGUUGGUUCUCAAAGAUUAGAAGUCUUUCAUAUAAGAGAAAGAACCAAUUCAGGCAGUUACUAUCCAAGCAGCAUUACUCCUCUCUAUGAGUACAUGCAAGAGCAAAGGUGUAACUAUUAUUAAGAAGUCAGCAGAAAACUAAGGAUUUAAAAUACUUCUAAGUGAAGAAAUAAAAGUAUAAACUGUACUACUGCUAAUAGCACUUACUUCUGGGAAUAGGGCUGGAUUUUUCUUUCUUUUCAAGAAGAUUAUACGUUAUCUCUUCUGUUUGGUAUUGGACUUUUUCUGAGGGUGCCAAUUAAUGGUGAAGAGAUUUUAGUUCUUGAUUAGGGAAUGUUGAAGAAAAGAGAAGAAUAGAAUUUGGGGGGCAAUAUUAAAUAUUAUCUAAUAGUUUAAGGUACAAAUAAAGUACAACUCAACUAAGAACUGUUUUUUUUUUUUAGUUUUCAUAACAUUGCUAUAAAUGUGGCUUAAAGAAAUUAUAAAAUCUUUCUUGACUACUCGUUCUUAAAGAUAAAACUGAAAUCUAACAUCAUUUUCCAUAUUCAGUGCCAUGUAAUGAGGAUAGAGAAAGGAGACUAGAGGCAGCUAUUUCUUUGAAAGCAUUAAUACAACUUUGGUCCCUAUAUAAUUUUUAUAGGCAAGCUGAAAAUAAAUGUAAAAAAAACCUGGUAUGACAUGUCUCUCCAUCUAGCCCACAGAUGGCUAUUUAUCUUUGAAGACUGGGACUAACCCAUUUUUUUUCCAAAAUAUAAGUUCUAAUUUGAAAUUUAAAAUAAAGAUGAUUAUUUGGAAUCUCUUCUAAGGUGGAAAAACAAUAGAGGGUUUGUAGACCUGCAACUUCUGCAUUAUAUCAUCUUUUCUUUAGGAUAGAAAAGCAAAAGCAAAUGGGGAAUGGGGGAUGAAUAUAUAUGUGUGUGUGUGUCUGUGUGUCUGUGUGUGUGUGUCUGUGUGUUUGUGUGUGUUAGUUAUAUGACUCAUAAUUGAUUGUAACACCCUUGGGAUUAUUGAUACUCUCUCAAGGACAUUUGAUUCAAAAAUUGUAUUUAGUCAAAAUUAAAAAUAAAUAAUGAAUGAUCAAAAUAUUUCUG